AACGUAAACCACAAAGGGCCUUACGGUUACCAGAAGCUGAAAGAACGAGAAGGCCGAGCGUGCAUCCGAUUCAAGUGCGCCCUCACAAACACCAUCUUAGACGUCCUGCGUCAGAGGCCAGGAUGGGUGGAAGUAAAAGAGGAAGGUGACUGGGACUUCUACUGGUGUGACAUCCGCUGGCUCCAGGAGAACUUUGACCACACCUACAUGGACGAGCACGUCCGCAUCAGUCACUUCCGCAAUCACUACGAGCUGACUCGGAAGAACUACAUUGUGAAGAACCUGAAGCGCUUCCGGAAGCAGCUGGAGCGGGACUCCGGGAAGCUGGAGGCCAUGAAAUGCGACUUCUUCCCCAAGACGUUUGAGAUGCCCUCGGAAUACCACCUGUUUGUGGAAGAAUUCCGCAAGAACCCCGGCAUCACCUGGAUUAUGAAACCGGUCGCCAGGUCUCAAGGGAGGGGCAUCUUCCUCUUCCGGAAGCUCAAGGACGUGAUUGACUGGAGGAAGCCUGCCUGCCUCUCCUUCCGUGCAGUGCUGACCAUUACCCCUAUUUUGUCCUUCCUGCCACUGACGUAUCCUGGCCACCGGGAGGGCAAUCCCUUUGGCAUCCUGCAGGCGCCGCACCCAUCUUUCUUCACCCGGGAUGAGAGACUUAAGAUCCACAAGAGAGCGGUGGACGGUGGUCAACAGGGAGCCGGUGUCUCACCAGGCUGCAACACCACACCCGUCUACAGUGACUUCCUUACGGUGGUGCCAAGGAAUACAUUCUGCGUUGAACUCAGGAGGAGUGGGGUGGGGGCCCACUGGAAGCAUAUAGUAUGA